AUGGCAACGGCGCAGCAAAUGCCUGCGGGCCCCCGGUCGGGUCGGCUAGCCGACGACGGUAAGCUCCAAUCUGCUGGUGGAUCGUGCGACAAGAACGCCCACACUUCAAGCGCAAAAGUGCCCAUGGCUAACAUGAUGAGGCUUGCCUACUAUAGCUGCGACCGCUGCACUCUAUGCGACGCAGCCUCGGCGCAAGCCGUCCACGAGAGGCCCCUGCCGCCGAAUCUCAGUCGUGGACAAGAGAUCUGGCUGUAUGACUUGGCAUGCUCAUCAAACCUUCCGAUGUCUAUAGAUACUCCAGCGACCCGCGCGACCCGUGAUUUGAGUCACGCCUCAGCGGCCUCCGCCCUUGCGCAUGCCAACCAGAAACCUUUUGAACUCUGGCGCCCGGGCAGACUCGCCGACGCCGAAAAGGCAGCAUAUCAUGCAAAAGAUGUCCCCUCCCCCGAGAGCCUCGUGCCCAACACGGGGGUCAGUGCCUGGGGUCUCGAGGCAGCUACCCUGGCAGUGCGAGAACAAAGAGCUGCUGCUGUUCGGUCGUCAGGCCAGCAGUCUCCUCUGAAGCCAGAAAAUACCGGGGCGAAUGAUCUCCAAACUAAAGCACGCCACGCCGCAACGGGCGCAUUCGGUGCUCGACAACGCCAGCGGGCAGAUUCAGCACCCAGUGAACCGAACAUCGGCUCAGACUCGAAUUGGGCGCUUUCGGCAGCCGAAGCCUCCCACCGCACCAGACCGGAGAACGAAGAUCCGCUGGAUCAUCUUGACAAGGCUAUGGAAGCGAGCCGGAUCAAGCAUGCGAACCUGAACGCCCGUCAAGUCACCUCCACGCCCUCGGUCGACCUGGAGUCUCAGGAUCGCAACCGCAGAAACUCACUGCACGCAGCAGCGUUAGUGAUGGCGCGGGACAUGUAUGACUUGACCGGACCAACUGGCGAGACCAAAGACAUGAGUCCGGCGCUUGCUGCCGCUCGAAAUGGACACAAUCAACUGAGAGCAUCGAAGAGCGUCAGCGGCACCCAUGGAACGACCGGCAGACAGGCGGUCAAUCUGCAGGAGGAAGCGCAACGACGCGCUGCCGAGAAGCUGGCGAGAAUGCGUGACGAGCACGCGGAUAUGCAACAGUACUACGGAACCGCACCUCAGACUCAAUCGCGCUCGCUGCUGGGUUCUCGACGAAAGAGAGCUACAAGUGACGCAGAUGCACAGCAGGUGGACGCUGAACAGUCACGCCAAAUUCGCAACCAGAUGUUCAGUUUGCGAAACAAACUCAACGAGGUGGACGAGGGUCGACAGAAGGACCGGGACUCGCUGAUGGAGGCAGCACGUCGGAAUGUCGAUGCGCGAAUGCGGAAUAUGGAUAUGCAAAUACAGGCUGAUACCGGCCGCGCACCGCCUGCCACCCAGAGGCAGUGGGACGAGGUCGCACAGGAGCGUGUUCGUCAAGAGGCCGAGGCAGCGGAGUCGCAGCGUCACCCGACCGAGCAGGUCAACAUCGGGUCUUCGCGGUACAUGGACAUGGCUGAUGUCGAAGCCCUUGCACGAUCCCGCCUGCAACCCACUUUCGAUGAGAUGACAGAUCAGGCUGAGCGUAGGCGAGCAGAUGAAUUGGAACGUCGUCUCGACGCCGAGGAGAGGCAGCGACAGGCCAACCUCCAGCGUCAACGUGAGGCCAGUCUGACUCGUGCUCAGAAACAAGACUUUGACAGGGCAAAUAACGAGAAACGCGGGAGCAAAGGUCUGAAGCUCUUCAUGUGGAAGAGGAAGAGCAAGCAGCAGCAGCAGCAGCAGCAGCAGCAGCAGCAGCAGACAGAGGACUAUGCAGGUGACGACGACAUGAACGGUCAGAAUGAAGCUGCAGCAAGCCCAGCGGACGAAGAUGACUUGUACCGACGGGAGUCUGUUGCCUCUGAACGCGGAGGGCAGGUUUUAGACCACGAAACCACGCCCUAUGCUGCAGUCGACAAUACUGUCGGUUCUCUAGAGCCUGUCACGUCAAAUGAGCCAGUGACUAUAACCGAGCCCGUUGCCCCAAGCCCUGACGCGUCUCGCACAAAGGUUGACAACGCCGCCCCCAUCUCACCUCCUGUUAGCAUCUCACAUGGGCCCGCUGAUCUUAGCCCGGGUGGUGCUCAGCCUGGUCAUUCCCAGUUGCGAGAUGCCGCGGCUACUGGGGGCUCAUCUUCUGCGCAAGAAUCGCAGCCCGUCGCCAGCCCUCGCGCGGAUUCCAAGCUGAAGACCUGGUUCCGCGACAGGUUGUUGCGUCGUACAAGCGAGCCCCAGCCUCUUUACCCUCACCAGCCCGGACCAGAGUAUAGCUCAGAUGGGGAGGCUGGAUUCAGCGGUGGUGCCGCCCUGGCCGGAAGAUUCGAGACCAGUGCUGGCAUCCCCCGGUCUCAGUCUGUCGGUGAUGAACACCUGGCGACGGAGCAAGGUGGAGAGGGACUGUCAUCUACAGAGGAAAUCGAUCAAAAUGGCAAGAAUGGUACUGCAGCCAAAAAGUCUCGCUUUCGCCAGAGCUUAAAGAACACCCUCACUCGGGGCUCUCAGGAUGGCAAGACGAACGGUUCUCUUAACAAGCGUGAUGAUGGCAAUGGCGAGUACAAUGCUGAUUUACAGAACCUCCGCGACAGUGCUGCCGGACAGGGUCUACCCGUGCCUCCAGUCUUGAGUGAUUCUCACAGUCACCGAGAGUCUCGAUUUUCCGAAGAUCUUUAG